AUGGAUGGAAGAGCGGUGACAGUCUUUUUACUCCUUACAAGCGCUAUCCUCGCUUCUGAAGGUAAGUAAAGAUUCAUGAAAAUACUACCAACACAGCUGCCCAGCUAGAGUUACACGAGAGUUUCUUCAUCUCUGAUAGCUUACACACACGAGAACCAGAUUUGUACAUCGAGUUCUAUUAGAGUUUUCUCAACUCACGUUAAGGUUUGACCUCAAAUGAGAUGAAGAGUUGCAUGAGAGCAUGCCAGCGAUAUUUUAUAUCCAUUCAGAGUUUCAUUUAAUGGCUUGGUCAAACGAGAACAAAAGUUGCAUGAGAGUUGACAAAAGCACGAGGACAGCAAGAGUUACAUGAGAGCGGUUUCUCGAACUCUCGGGGCUAGGUAUAAAAAGAUAAUAACUAAACUUGUAUGAAAUUUGGCAAGCGAGAGUUUGCAAGAGUUACUCAUUUCUCGUGGUUCAAUCAGACGAGAACAGAAAUUGCAUGCAAGCGAAGGUUUGCAAGAUAGGUUACUUCACUGCAAUGGCUUGCUCAAACUAGAACAAGAAUGAAAAGCAAUGAAAGUAUAGAAUAUAAUUCCGCAUAUUUUUAUAAUUAAAUAUUUCUAGCGUGUGAGAUAUCGUACUACAAGAUUGGAUGCUACAAUGACUCGCCCGAUCCAAGAACAUUUCCCAACCUCUUACUCAAUGCUCGAUAUUCAGGCGCGAAAAACAACCCUGGAUAUACAAUCGCUUGGGAUAUUCAAAAAUAUCAAGAAUUUCUGCCAAGGUAAGUUUACCAUUGCUUUCAAAAUCUACAUCUGGAGAGUAAUCCUCAAUGGAUGACUCUUGCUGGACAUCUAGGUAAAACAGUUUACCUGAUUUAUUGAUCACAGAACUACAAGCUUAGAUAUGGAGCAUUUAUCUAACCAUUGUAUAUAUUUGCGAAAUCUGGCAUCUCUCUUAAUCUUUACUACAAAUCUUUACUUCCGAAGUUCUCCUUUUAUUUUUCAGGUAGUUGUUGCAUUCCUAUCAAUCGAAAUUUUGUCUGUUAAACAUCAUAUUUCUGUUUAUUUCUUAAAGGUUUAUCUGUGAUUGUGCUAAAGCUGCAACUUCUUCUGGUACUAACUUCUUCGGUAUUCAAUACUACGCCGAAUGCUGGAGUGGUGUUGCUGGCCCUGAAGAUUUCGUUAAAUUGGGUUUAUCACAAUCAUGCGUAAAUUCAACAUUUGGCUCAUGUCAAGAAGACUCCGAGCAAUGUAGUGGCACCCACUUCACGAAUUUGAUCUAUUAUAUACCAGACAAAUCCAAAAUUGAAACUACUACGAGAAAAGUUAUAACGGCAUCAACGAAACUUUCACCAAUAACGACAAAACCUCCGUCGACAACAACCGAACCUCCACCAAAAACGACCGAACCUCAAACUACAACCGAACUUCCACCGACAACAACAGAACCUCUAACAACAACUGAAACUCCACCAAAAACAACCGAAGCUCCGCUGACAACGACCGAACCUCAGACAAGCACAACCCAACCUCCGACAACCACAACGAAACCUCCGACAACAACCAAACCUCCAACAACAACAACAACCAAACCUCCAACAACAACAACAACCACCACCAAACCUCCAACAACAACAACAACAACAACAACAACAACAACCAAACCUCCGACAACAACCAAACCUCCAACAACCACAAAGAAACCUCCAACAACCACAAAGAAACCUCCAACAACCACAAAGAAACCUCCAACAACAACCAAACCUCCAACAACCACAAAGAAACCUCCAACAACCACAAAGAAACCUCCAACAACCACAAAGAAACCUCCAACAACCACAAAGAAACCUCCAACAACAACCAAACCUCCCAAAACAACCACCAAAUCUCCGACAACGAAACCUCCAACAACCAAACCUCCGACAAAGACCAAACCAACAACAACCAAACCUCCGAAAACAACCACCAAAAUUCCGACAACCACCAAAACUCCGACAACCACAACCACAACCACAACCACAACCACAACCACAACCACAACCAAAGCUCCGACAAAUACAGUGAUUACAACUGAAGACAUGACAAAGCCAGGUAACAGAUUUGUUGAAGAAUUUGAAACAAAAUGCUAUAAUAUCCCACUAACAGUAAAAGCUCGAGUUGAAGAAACAACUAACAGAGAUCAGAAGAACGAGAAAAACCCUUUACCUCUCGUUUCUGUACAUCAGAUCAAUUUAGAUUAG